AAAAUGUGGAAUUCAUUCCACAUCCUUAGACAGCAGUACAACACUGCAUCUAAAACGAUGAAUAAGAAGCUGUCUAUUAUAUUUUCGCGAGAAAAUAAUAUUUACUUUAAUUUGGCCCUGGAAAAUUAUUUAUUGUCCAAAUUUUCGUCAGGAUUUCCAAACAAGGCUCAUGCAAAUGUACCUAUGAUCUACCUAUGGAGGAAUUCUCCAUCAGUGAUUAUUGGUAGAAAUCAAAACGUUUGGUCCGAAUGUAAUUUGGAUAAUAUCAAGAAGGAUAAUGUAAACCUUGUUCGCAGAUUUACGGGUGGAGGUGCAGUCUAUCAGGAUUUGGGAAAUACAUGUUUUACAUUUAUAUCGAGUGCCAACGAUUAUAAUUUUGAGGCCAAUUCCAAGCUAAUUUGCUCAGCUCUAGGGAAGCUUAUAGGUGAAAAGUGUGAGCCUAGUGGCAGAAACGACUUAUGUGUAAACGGUUUAAAGUUUUCUGGUGCUGCUUUCAAGGUACUUCCAGAUGCUGCACUUCAUCACGGAACCUUGCUCAUUAACUUGAAUACCGGAUCAUUGGAAAAAUACUUAACACCAGAUAAAUCAAAAUUAGCCAAACAUAAUGUAAAGAGUGUAAAAUCGCGUGUUGCGAAUCUAGCUCAGUUUAAGCCAGACAUUACCCAUGACGAGGUUUCAAAUACCAUAAUAAAAGAAGCUAUGGAGUACUACAAUGCUGAAAAUGAAGAGAUAAUAAUACUGGGACGUGACUCUAGUUUUUGUGAAGAGGAAGGGUUUAAGGACUGUCUCGAUAAAUUAACUAAUGAAAAAUGGAUUUACGGACCUAAAAUGUUGGAGUGUAAGGCAUUUAAGAAAAGAUUUGACUUUGGAAGUUUUGAAUUCUGCCUUGAUGUUAAUAACGAUACGGUAGAAAGCGCAUGGAUUUAUUCUGAUACUCUGAACAGUGACUUUGUUGAUUAUUUGAAUCUACAAUUUAAUAAAAACCCAUUUUUGUUCAAUGCAAAUUCAUUUAACAAAAUUUUGAGUGAAUGUGAAUUCCCUAAUUGUAAGGAAAUGAUUUCCGAGAUUAAAGAGUGGAUUUGUCAAGAAAACUUUGUCUAAUUCAUUCUCAAUUUGUAUGAGAGUUAAUAAUAAUCAGUGUUAGCGAUGAUUUCAAGUUUUUUGUUAAUAAAUUCCCUGGUCGAAUUUCGAAGACUUUCCAGAUUCUCGUUAAAUUUUCUGGGAACCCAAAAUAUAGUUGGCUGGGUAGUUGUCGCAAUAAAAUUUCCCAUUGUUUCAUAAUGCUGUUUCAGCUUUAGCCU